GUAGAUAGUGAACCAUUUAAUCAGUUUUAGAAUAAUGCUUUAAGUAACAAAAUAUGGAAAAGGUAAUGUCUGAGUACUUUCAGACUGCACUGUAUAAUGUUAAAGGAAAAGUUGACCCAAAAUCUAAACUCCCAAGUGGUUCCAUAUUGAUACUAGUUCAGUGGAGUUUGCCCCCUCUCCCUGGAUAGCAGAUUUGAGACAACUGCAAAAACGGGUCGUGUGACUUGCGAUGUUGCUUGAUUGCAGGCCUGCCUCACACUGCUCCAUUGUCAGUGAAUGCAUGAUUCACAAAUUCGUGACCUGUGGACAAAUUCAUUGUUUUAUUGAAAGCUUACAGGCCGACUCAGCAAUUUGUCAAAAGUACUAUUGGUUUUCAGUCAAGAAAUGUGUACUUUCCUACCUAAAAAUAUUUGAGAUUAUUUUGUAUCAUUUUAUGUAGCUGACUGCCACAGCAGUGGAGAUGGGUAACAAUUUGGGGUUAAAUUCUCCUUUAACAUUAGCUAUUGGGAAGAUGGGUUUAUAUCAAAAACUUUCUACCAGUGACCUGAAGUAGUGUGUACUUGAUUUGUACUGUAGAUUGAACUACGUCUCUAAAAGGCUUGCUAGCCCAGGUAGCUAGCUAAUCAGAAGUGAAUAUGUGAACUCCCAGAGUCUCAAUUGCAUACUCCUCGUGUUCUCUCCUUGCCUCCUUCUCAAAACCCAUUGGAGAAGAUCAGAGGGGAGGGUCCUCUGGCUUUCUCAUCCAAUGGGUUUUUGAGAAGGAUGUGAGUAUGCAAUUGAGAUUAUCCCCCAGUCUCUCAGUGGUGACCACCAACCAGGGCGCCAUGCAGAAAUGUAACAGGUAGACAGUGGAAUGUGUAGAAUGCACAAACUCUGCUGCUGUUUGGAGCUGGUUCAGGUUGCCCCUACACUGUCAUCCUUCUCUGCAACUGGCCAAACAGGGAAACUAUGGGAUGAUUAUUGUCUCCCCUUCGGGUUCCAUUAACUUGACAACCAGUGGUCAAACACGUCCUCCAGAAACACGAGGGCUGCGAAGGACAUGCAGAACUACAGACGAGGGUAUCCUAAUCUAACAGAUGAAUGCUCAGGAGAAAGAGAAUUUUAAAUUAAACAUUAUCUCAAUGAAUACCCCGCCUCCCCUGAUGGUUGUUUCCACUGCGGGAGCCUGGAGUGAACUACAUGGCCUCUGAACUCACCAAGAAGGAGAUCCUGGCCUUCCAGGAGAGUGAAGAGGCCAAGAAGAGGCUGGUAGAGUCCUACGCGCUCAUGUUGUGGUUCUAUGGCAUCCAGCUGGUCAAUAAAGACACAGGCGAGGUCAAACGUGCCGACAACCGGAAGGAACGCUUCGCCAACCUUGAACGGACCAUGCACAAUAACCUCCGCAUCCUGAAGAGCCUGGGGGAGCUAGGCUUUGAGCAUUACCAGAGCCCACUGGUGCGCUUUUUCCUGGAGGAGACGCUGGUCAAAAAGAACCUGAGUAGCAUCAAGCGCAGCGUGUUUGACUACUUCCUGUUUGCAGUGCGCGACAAGCAGAAGCGCAAAGAGCUGCUGCGCUACGCCUUCCAGCACUUCGAGCCCAAUGACAAGUUUGUGUGGUGCCCCCGAAAGAAACAGCUGAAGAAGGGAAACGGAGAGGGAGGGCUGCCCAUGAGCCAAGGCUAGAGGAGGAGAGGCAGGGGGAGCCCAGAAGGAAGAGAAGGAUGUCACGGAGGAGGUGACAGAGACUGCCAAGUUCACUGAUGAAGCAGUGAGUAGUGACUGAGAUAAGCAGGCCGAGGGGUCUUCUGUUGAUCCUCCUGGGCUAGCGGUCUCCUCAGAGGACUCUGAACCGCUGGGAAACAGGAAUUGUAAUGAUACUGACAAUGUUGACAUGGACCAUUCAGGCAGCCCUGAGUCUGUUAAAGGAGACCACAGUAUGGAGGAAGGACUCAAAGAGAACAGUCAAGCCGAGGACAGCGUCCAGAACUCAGUCAAUGUCAAGCCAGCUGCAUCUGAAAUGGAGUCUGAGAAGUUGGAGCAACCGACCAAGAAGAAAAGGGAAGGUCACAAGGACGUGCCUAGCAACAGGCUGGAGGAAGGCACGGUUGUCCCCAACAACAACCACCACCACUCCAAUCAGGUGAGCCUGUCCGUGACAUUAUCCCGCCCAAGAAGAAUUUGACCAAAAAGGAUUCCCCCAAAAAGCACUUGCCAUCGGACUCCUCAGAACGAGGUGAAAAACACCCAAGGACUGACUUUAGUGAUGUGACUGAUAACAAAGCAGUGCCAGUGGAUGGGGAGAACACAGAGAAAGCUUUAAAGGGACAGACAAAUGUAAAAGAAGUUAAAAAUGAAGUGGAGGUGAUGGAUGUGGAAUCCACCUACCAGCCAAGUUCAGACCAAGACAUGGGAUCUUCCUGGAGGGAGGGAGGGAAGAAUGCAAGGGACUAAAGGGACAUAUGUUCACUUGUGUACAUUUAUGGCCAAUCCCAAAAUUGACUCCAUCAGAUAACGUAUGGCUUUAUACCCAUGUUAACUUCAUAUUGCUGUCUAUUACUGUACGCCAAAUUAAAUUCUCUGCAUAUUGCUUACACUUUUCCAAUCCUCUCAGAAUGGCAUACGUUCUGACUUCUACAGAGAUUCCUAGGAUGUUAGGUCUGGGUGGUUUCCACUGAUUUUAACAGUACAUUUUUCAUGCCGUAUUAUAUUCACAUCUACUGUCCUCUGUGUUCAAUUUCGAGUGGGUAUGUUAUUUUUGUUGGUAUGGAUUACUGAAUUUAUUUGUUCACGUGUCUGAAUUUGUGUUGGGGAGGGGAUUAUGCCUGCAAAAUCAGUUCUCCAUAGUUGAUAUUGCAAUUAGUUAGGAGCUUUGUACUGAGGAGAUUGAUAAGGAAAGUCUAACAUUGAAAUUGAAAUGAUUAAUUCCAUAUCAUACAGUGAAAUGUUGCUUGCUUGUUACAACUUUACAAUUUUGCACAGGUGGGAAAAAUACAUUUUGGAAAUAUACUUUGUAUCAUGUGUCAGACGACAUUGUUUUAUUUUUUUACUGAAAGCCCAGACUGUGAAAUGGGAACAGGAUUGUAAUGUAAUUUGUUUAUUUCAAGAAUGUUGCACAAUUAUUAUUUUGAGUAUGAGAGGUAUUAUCUAUAGAUGACUGCCAAAAAAAGAAAAUAACAUUUGACUGGUUGAUUGUAUUGUCUUCUUGGCAGUAUUGGAAUAAUGAGACGUAGCUAUUUGGUAAAACAACUUUUGCUUUGUUGGAUGAUAUGUCAUCAAUAGGAUGUGGGUGUACUUUCCUUAUGUUCUGGAGCAUAUUUGUAUUUAUUGAUUGUUUAAUUUUCUAAUGUAUUAUAUGAUUUGCCCGAUGCCUUUUUACUCAGGAAAACCCUGUGGGAGAUGGUACACCACACUUCUUCCAUCUCCGAGGUUAUGUUUGGGACAUAACCACGUUUCCAUCCUGUUUGCAUGCUAGUAAAAAGAAAAAGCAAGACCGCUUUGAUGGAAACAGGAACUUCCGGUGCAAGUUUGUUCGACAUGGUGGGAUCUUUUUUGUGUCUAAAAUUAAUUAUGCGCGAUAUGGCAGCGGAAACCAUCAUAUCGAAGUAAACUAGGAGUCGCGCGAUAAUAUGCUGUGUGGUCCUCCCACAAUGACUCAGGAAACCAUGUUUGUGAAAUUAUUUAUGAUGAACUUCACAGGCUGGUGAAAGUGCACGUUGAUGAGCUUGAUGCUAAUUUCCAAUAGAUAUUGAGGGUCUUAUUCUGGUGGCGUGAUGAUCGACACUUGACUUCAGUUUGGUGUUUCCUCCAAACUGAAUUGUUGUGCAUUAAAAUCAGUGCGUGAUGACAUUGCACACAAAUAUAGUCCCAAAAUGUUUUGCAUGUCAGCAUGACCCAUUUUGCAUCAUAUGAUGCUGGGUUUUGCAGCAUUCGAUGCAAAAUGCGUCUGUGUUUUUUGAAAGUUUCUUUAUGUAGAUUUAAUAUUCGCAUGAAAAUCUGUCACCAAUUGGAUGGCAUUUCUUCCAUCUCUGAGAUUGUUUGGGUCAUCUUUGUUUUUCAGCCUGGUGAAGAUUUUGUCAUGAAUUCCAUUUUAAAAUAUUAGGCAAAGGAAUUAACCUAUUAAUUGUACAUGUAUUGAAAUUGUGUAUAGAAAGGGUUGUUAAUGAAAUAUACUCCAAUUGGGUGGGGUGAGGGAUGGAAUUUCAGAUUCCUUUGUCCAUGCAACCUCAACUACCCCUUUCCUGUUAAAUAACAAAAUAAAGAUUGUGCAACUUA